UCCCCCUGGUAGGCUCGCUCCCUGCGUCGCCACCUCGCUCGUUUGCUCGGCCCCGCUGCUGUGAGGACACUCGGCGCCCGCCGACUCCCUGCCCCGGGUCCCUGCGACCGCCUCGGUGAAGAUGGCCUCAGGAGUGCAAGUUGCUGAUGAAGUAUGUCGCAUUUUUUAUGACAUGAAAGUUAGGAAGUGUUCCACACCAGAAGAAAUCAAGAAAAGAAAGAAGGCUGUCAUUUUUUGUCUCAGUGCAGACAAAAAGUGCAUCAUUGUAGAAGAAGGCAAAGAGAUCUUGGUUGGAGAUGUUGGUGUAACCAUAACUGAUCCUUUCAAGCAUUUUGUGGGAAUGCUCCCAGAGAAAGAUUGUCGCUAUGCUUUGUAUGAUGCAAGCUUUGAAACCAAGGAAUCCAGAAAAGAGGAGCUGAUGUUUUUCUUAUGGGCACCAGAACUAGCACCUCUGAAAAGUAAAAUGAUCUAUGCGAGCUCCAAGGAUGCAAUUAAAAAGAAAUUUCAAGGCAUAAAACACGAAUGUCAAGCAAAUGGGCCAGAAGACCUCAAUCGGGCUUGUAUUGCUGAAAAGCUAGGUGGAUCCUUAAUUGUAGCUUUUGAAGGAUGCCCUGUGUAGAUCAUGGUUCAGUGCCACAAUGAAAAGCUUCCAUGUUUAAUGUUAUCCUCUUGCUAUAUAAGUAAAGCAAAUAUGUUUAGGCCAGGGUCUCACUGAGGGGGAGCUAUCUUGUCAUCUGUUAAACUAAAUAUUCUAUAAACAUGUGCAAACAGCCCUAAAUAAAUCUAAAAUCUAAAGUUCUAUUGGUAUGAAAUUAAAUUCUUAUUGGUCAUUCAUAAUUCUUAAUGCCUGUUUUGAUGAGUUGGCUUGUAAAGAUUUUUGCUAAGCUCCUUUUUAAUAAUGCAGUUCACAAAACAGUGCAUAUAAGAGAACUGUUGUAUCUUUGUUAACUUCAGCAAUUUGUUUCUUUAGCUUAGAGAAUUGGUCAUAACCUGGUUAUAAUUAUUGCCCAAAUUCUUUAUUCUCUCUUGAGUGAAACUGAAUAAUGGAAAAUAAUUCUCACAUGUAAUAACACUAAUAUACUAACUACAAUAAGAUUAAGUCAGGCAGUCUUUUAAUUCUACCAGAUGUGUAAUGAAGACUGUCUCAGAAUUGUGAAUGCUUAUACCAGUAAUCAGCGCUGAUCUUGCAAAGCACUAUUUCAAGCACAUAGUUGGAGUACAGGAAACAACUCCUUGCACCUGUGGUGAGCUCUCCACUUACUAGAUGGGAGACUGUUCUGAGAGUGACCUUGCAUCUAGAGAAUCAUGUGUCCUUAGGAGAAUGUGCAAUAUCUUGUAACAACCAGAAAAGAUGCAAAUUAGCAUUCCAUUGUAAUCCACUUUGUUAAUGAAAAUGAUAAAAA